AUGGGCGCGAUGCCUGGCGCGCUUGUCAGGCUAUUGCCUUUGCUUUUGGCGUUCGGCCAAGCAUUGGAAUUGAAGAAUGAGAAUUUCGACGACAUUGUCGGUGCUGAUGGAAAGAAUGCACUGGUGCUUUUCUGCGCGGACUUCUGUCCUUGGUGCAAGAACAAGCUGAACGCCACGUGGACGCAGCUCAUGUCCGACUGGGAAAGCUCCGACAAGGUUCUCGUCGCACAUAUAGAUUGCGGUCAGCCAGCUUACGAAAUGGGACAGCUGAGAUCUGAGGGUUCCACCCUCUCCGUGUGCAAAAAGCACGAGAUCGAUCCUGUCUGCGAUAAGCAGCCAGGGCACAUUCCUGCCAUCAAGUAUUUCGACACGCAGCAGUCGAAGUGGUUCAAGUACAAGCGUGGGUGGGAACCCGAGACCCUGGAGGCCUUCAUCCACGAGCGACUGAUGCCAAAGUGCAAUGUCAAGACGCAGGAGCACUGUGAUGCCAAGGACUUGACUUGGGGUGUCUUGAUGGAGGGAUUUGGAAAGUUGGCUUUAUGGGCCGUAGCCGGAGCAGAGUCUCAAAUCCAGCUUGAUGAGUAG